GUAACACUGGGAGAUUUCUGUGAAUUAAUUUCAAAGUGAAAUGAAGAUGUCAAACUAUUUGGUUUGCUUUCUACUUCUAGAUCACUUUUUCUGAACUGGUGAUGUUGAUGAAACUGAAUGAAUGGAAGAGUUAGGGCAGAUAGGAAGUUUGCAUUUCAUGCUCUGCACUUGCCACCGGACAAGCGUGUCUCUGAAGUGACCUGGGAUCAUUGGAGCUGUGUGUCCUGAGAAACUCUGAGGACCUCUGAAGGGAGCCAUGAUGGAUAACCGUUUUGCUACAGCGCUAGUAAUUGCCUGUGUUCUCAGCCUCAUCUCCACCAUCUAUAUGGCAGCUUCCAUUGGCACCGACUUUUGGUACGAAUACCAUACCCUGUCUCCAGCUGAGAAUGUUAGUGAAGCUGGUAGGAGCAUCUGGGAGGAAUUUGUCAGUGAAGAAGCAGAUGAGAAGACCUACACAGACGCGCCCUUCCGAUGCAACGGCACAGUUGGAUUGUGGCGGAGGUGUAUCACCGUACCCAAAAACUCUCACUGGUACAGCCCACCAGAAAACGAUAUGACUACAAACUGCAUCAGUUUUUCGCUCUCUGAUCAGUUUAUGGAAAAGUACAUAGAGCCUGGAAAUCACAAUAGUGGCACAGAUUUGAAUCGGACUUAUCUCUGGCGAUUGCAGUUUCUCCUGCCAUUUGUAAGUGUUGGCCUCAUGUGCUUUGGGGCUCUCAUUGGGCUCUGUGCUUGUGCCUGUCGCAGCCUUUACCCGGCCAUUGCCACUGGAGUCCUCCAUUUCCUAGCAGGGCUUUGUACGCUGGGCCUUGUUGGCUGCUAUGUAGCUGGGAUUGAGCUGCUCCAUAAGAAGCUGCCCCUGCCUGAUGAUGUGAGGGGUGAAUUCGGCUGGUCCUUCUGCCUAGCCUGUGUCUCGGCACCUUUGCAGUUUAUGGCAGCUGCUCUUUUCAUCUGGGCAGCUCGCACCAACAGAAAGGAAUUCACCCUCUUGAAAGCCUACCGUGUAGCAUAAGUGCUGCUACCGAAGUCUCGAGUUUCCGUGUUAUAGCCUCUUCUCCCCCCAACCCUUACUACUUUUUUUCUUUUAGUCAGAAUUUUACCUUGUACUGCAUGCUUCUUGCCAGUUGAGACAAUUUAGCCUGCAGGCCCUGAAAACAAAGACCUCUGGGCUAAAUGACCAAACUCUGCCAGAAGUCUGCA